AUCCUUUCCCUAACAUACACAAAAGCAAUCUCCACUAAAUUCUUUCCUCUAAAUCAAUGGCCCUGGCAUUACCUCUGCACUUUUUUCAUGCACUUUUCAUGUUAGUUUUCCUUUUGUCACGAAUGCAGUUCUCUCUUUCUAGUUCAGGAUUCAUAGGUGUCAAUUAUGGCCGCGUGGCUGACGACCUACCGUCUCCCGCUCAAGUGGUACAGCUCCUCAAAGCACAAGGUAUCACCAAGACCAAGAUUUUUGACACUGACGCCACCGUGCUAUCAGCUUUCUCUGGCUCAAAUAUUACUAUCACUGUUGGGCUUCAAAACCAGCAGUUAUCCGACGCUGCUGGCAGUCAGUCAUUCACCGACACCUGGGUCCAGUCAAAUAUCCUCCCUUAUUAUCCCAACACUCUCAUCGAUGCCAUUGCUGUCGGUAAUGAAAUAAUAUUUGCGGGUCUUCAGGAUUCUACCCAGCUCCUCGUACCUGCCAUGAAAAACGUUUAUGCAUCGCUCGUAAAGUACAAUGUUGCAUCGUCCAUCAAAGUGUCAUCUCCAAUAGCCCUAGGUGCACUCGAAACCUCCUAUCCUCCCUCUGCCGGUUCGUUCAAACCUGACCUUGUUGAACCGGUUAUAAAACCACUAUUGAGUUUCCUAAAACAAGCUGGAUCUUAUCUCAUGGUGAAUGCAUACCCAUUUUUCGCAUAUACUGCUAACUCAGAUACCAUCUCUUUAGAUUACGCUUUGUUCAAAGAUAACACAGGCGCAACUGACCCGAAUAAUGGGCUUGUUUAUAAAAGCUUGUUGGAAGCUCAACUUGAUUCAGUUUUUGCAGCAAUGAAUGCCGUAGGAUUCAAUGAUGUGAAAAUGGUGGUGACAGAAACUGGGUGGCCUUCAAAGGGUGACGAGAAUCAGAAUGGUCCAAGUGAACAAAACGCUGCGUCAUAUAAUGGAAACCUUGUACGUAGAGUACUCACAGGUGGUGGCACUCCACUGAGGCCCGACGAGCCUCUAAACGUCUACAUAUUUGCACUUUUCAAUGAAAACCAGAAAACUGGGCCAACUACUGAGAGAAAUUUUGGACUUUUUUACCCUAAUGAGGAGAAAGUCUAUGACAUUCCACUACAUUGAAGGGAUUGAAUGACGGGCCAUCGUCAUAAAUGUGUUGGAAAAAUAGAAUUUAAUUACUUUAUAUUGAGAAUAUAAUAAUUUUGUUGCAAUAAUAAACGCAUAGGUGUUCUAGUAAUAAAUAUCGUAGCAUUCGAAGUA